AUGGAAGUCAAUGAGGAAAUAAAAAUUGAGCUCGUUACCAUCAGGUUCCUGAUUUCCAUCAUCGGUAUGGCAGGGAACUUCCUACUGAUGCUAUCCAUCUUCAAAAGCUCAAAACAGCUUAAGACCUUUGAGAUCCUGUUGCUGGGACUGGCCCUUUCUAACCUGGAGAGCAUCUUCAUCGUGGACGUUUAUGACAUAAUCAUCGUUUCCAGUACUGGGAAGAUGUCACUGAGCAUGGUGACCUGCAGCACUAUGAAGUGCCUGACAGUAUUUGGUGAGGUCACCACCAUCCUCUUCACCAUGCUAAUCAGCAUCUUCCGCUACCAGAAGCUGCGAGACGCGGAAAAGCGGGUUAACCUACCCAUCGUGCUGGACAGUGUUCCUGUGGCGCUGGGGUUGAGUGUGUUCUGUGUGCUAUUGGCCAUCGCCUUUGGGAUACCCACCUAUGCCAUGAACUUAGACAACCACAUGCCCAACUACACCCAGACCAGCAUCUGCCCCUUGGAUUUCUUCCAGUGUCCCAAGGACAACUGCCCUGUCCAAAACAUGGUCUAUAAGUACUUGUUUCUGUUCAUCUGCAUCCUGGUGCCUCUCUGUGUCGUCACAAUAUCCAGCGGUUUCAUCCUCAGGAUCCUGCUGCUCCAGAGGAAAACUGUGCCUACCCAGUCUGUCAGCUCCUCCCUCUCCACUCGCAAGACCUCCAGUUUCCAGCGGAGCAGCAUUGCAAUCCUGGCAGGCAUGACUAUCUUUCAGGUGGACUGGAUAGUUUACCUGGCACUGCAUCUGGCUGUAGACCCCUACUCCUUCCCCUUCUGGGAUCAGACUGAGUUCUUAAUCGCCACCACUUACUCCACCCUCAGCCCUUAUGUGUACGGCACAGGAAAUAACUUAUUCUCUGUAAAGCGCUUUUUCACGAGAGGAAAGUAG